CACCGCCGCCCCCCACUCUCCGCCGCGUCGCUUUCCGAGCCCUGGCCGUGCCCGCUCCCGCUCCACCGCCCGCCGCUCUCCUCCGCCGCCACCCGCUGCCCCGCGGCACCGCCAUGAUCGUGGAGAGCAGCCGCGACGUGGCGUCCGAUGGCGGUGACGGCGGCGGCGCACUCAGCAGCCCCAUCAACCUCGCCUACUUUUACGGGGCCUCGCCCCACUCCAGCGAGGGCAGCUGCUCCCCGGCGCACUCCGCCCCGGGCUCGCCGGGCUCCGACUCGGACCUCUCGGUGAGCAGCCGCGGCGGCGGCCGGAGGGAUCCCCGGGGCGGUGCCCGCCCCGCGCUGCAAGUUGACCAACACAUGGCGGGUGGAAAGCAGCAUAGAGGACCUUUCCAGGGGGUCCGUGUGAAGAACUCGGUGAAGGAGCUCCUGCUGCACUUCAGGAGCAGCAAACAGAUGUCCUCGGGCUCCGCCACGGAGGAAGGCAAGGCACAAGGAGGGCUGGUGAACUACGAGCAGUACACAGCAGAGCUGAAGAACAUACUAGGUCACAGUGGCAAAAGAAAGGCUCCCGAGCUCCUUUCUGAUGGACCUUCUUUCAAACGCCAAGCGAAUGUUCACUCACACCUCCUGACACCACCACAGACGCCAACUUCUAUGGAUAACAUGGAAGAGAUGCAUAAAAACGACCCAAAGUGUGACAGCAAUUCCGAUCUGCUUCAGAACAUUAUAAACAUCAAGAACGAGUCGAGCCCCAUCUCUCUGAACACGGUGCAGGUUAGCUGGUUGCACGCUGUCUCCAGUCACAGCUCGCCCAGUGAACAGUACCAGGAGAGCCCAGUAACACAGGCUUUCUCCUCACCCCAGAAGUACCAAGCAUUCCAAGAUCACACCUCCCAGCAUAUGCUUGAUGCGCCACAGCAUUACCAGUUCCCUCCGUCACAAAACCAGAGUUUGUCACAGAGCUAUCCUUCGGAUGCCUCUUUGGAGUACAGGCCAUUUGCUGCCAGUGACCAGUCUCCUGGCUACCAGCAGAAUACCUUUGAGAACCAUGAACUGCAGUACUGCCAGCCGCAGAGCUUCUCCUCCCUCUUGAACGACUCUGAAGGCUCAGAGGGCAUCUCUGCUCCCCUCCAGCCACUGGCCAGUGCCCACCAACAGGCUGAUGUCAGCCCCCAUACUCCACACUUCAGCUUGAUUUCCAAUAAUGUCUGUGGCAGUCUGGAGCGCAGUGUCUCUUUGUCUACUUUGAAUGUCUCUCUACCUGACCAAAACAUUGCCAGAAGCACGACACAGCUGGGCAAGUCAUUUUUUCAAUGGCAAGUGGAGCAGGAGGAAAGCAAACUGGCUAAUAUCUCUCAGGACCAAUUCCUUGCAAAAGACUCAGAUGGAGACACCUUCCUUCACAUUGCGGUUGCCCAGGGCAGACGAGCUCUCUCCUAUGUUCUUGCAAGGAAGAUGGCUGCCAUGCACAUGCUGGAUAUUAAAGAGCACAAUGGCCAGAGUGCUUUCCAGGUUGCUGUGGCUGCCAAUCAGCAUCUCAUUGUGCAGGACUUGGUUAGCUUGGGGGCUCAAGUCAACACCACAGACUGCUGGGGUAGAACACCCUUGCAUGUUUGCGCUGAGAAGGGGCAUGCCCAGGUCCUUCAGGCAAUCCAAAAGGGAGCCAUGGGAAGCAAUCAGUAUGUAGACCUUGAGGCAACAAACUAUGAUGGUUUGACAGCACUGCACUGUGCUGUUCUGGCCCAUAAUACUGUGCUGCAUGAACUGCAAAACAGUCAGCCACCUCACUCCCCUGAGGUCCAGGAACUUCUGCUGAGAAACAAGAGCCUGGUAGAAACCAUCAGGAUUUUAAUACAAAUGGGAGCAUCUGUUGAAGCAAAAGAUCGCAAAAGUGGUCGCACGGCUUUACAUUUGGCAGCAGAAGAAGCGAACCUGGAGCUCAUUCGUCUCUUUUUGGAGCUGCCCAACUGCCUCUCUUUUAUCAAUGCAAAGGCUUACAAUGGCAACACAGCACUGCAUGUAGCGGCCAGCCUGCACUAUCGGGUGAGCCAGCUGGAUGCUGUGCGCCUGCUAAUGCGAAAGGGAGCUGAUCCAAGUGCCAGAAACUUGGAGAAUGAGCAGCCAGUUCAUCUGGUUCCUGAUGGCCUUGUAGGAGAACAGAUAAGACGUAUCCUAAAAGGCAAGGCGAUUCAGCAGAGAGUGUCGCCAUUUUAAGCUCCAUGUUUCUUGGAGUUUAGCAACUCACACUCACUGUCAGUCAGGCAGUCCUAAUGUAUCUGUAAAUAGACCAUUUGCCCAGUGUGGGCAAAUGUUAGUUGUUUCUGUGAAACAAAAGUAUUUUGUUCACUAUUAUAUAGUGGGUUAUAUAAGAGUUAAAAAAAAAUAAAAAAACAAACAAAACUCAACAAUCAAAUUCGUCUGAGCAAACAGGAAUGUUUCAUUCCCAAAUAUGUGGAAGAUUUGCCCGGAUACCUGGAUUUCAUAGCGAUGGCAAGACUGAGUUUAUUUAAACAGCCAUACAGAUAACUUCCAAACAAGGACAAUACUACAGGGAAUAUUUUUAUUUAGAGAGGGAUGAUACAUGUUAACAUUACAGAGUUUUUUUUGUUGUGUUUUUAAUAACACUUAAAUAUUAAGUGCAAGAGAAAUCAUAUUUUUGAAGUUGAAAAUUUAUUUAUGUAACUUUUUAGCUUUUUUCCAGUAUCUUGUGCAGGAUUGUAUUUAGUCACUGGCAUUAUUGUACAGCUCUAUAGUUCUAAGAAUCUAUUGAUUGCUGGGAAUGAACUGAAGGAACAAGUUCCUUGAUAUUGAACUUUCAAAUUGCAUAUACAGUUUUAAUACUAUACUGGUGCGAAUUGAGUAAAAUCUGUUGUUUUGAAAGACUGAAAACUGAAAGGACAGUUAAGAUAGACUGUCCUGAGCACUGAUUUGUGCAUGCUUUUGGAAUUGUUAAUAAAACAUGAAAAGCCAUGCUUCCUUAGAGGACUUGUAGCAGUUUUUCUUGUACCCAGUAGAGGUUUUCCUUUUGGUGGGACAAUAGAUUGAGUGAGAAAAGUUAAAGAUUUUUAUAGUGUAUAUAACUUUGCUGGACUUUAAGGAAUGUGAUCCUGAUUCAGUGAAAGUAUUUAGCAUGGACUUUAACUAUUGAUGCAUGCUGAAAUCUCUCCAUGUUAAUUAUAAUAAUUCAAUAUGUGUAAGCCCCACUUGUGUUAGUAGGACUUAAGCACAUGCAUAAGUAGUUUGCUUAACUGGGCUCUAGUUAAUUCUAGAGAUCUACUGUUUUUCACCUCCUAAACAGAGUUAGUCCAUUUAUGGUUUUACCUUAUAGGUAUAGUGGCUAGUCAAGUAAUAUUUGAAGCUAAUGUUUUUCUAUUUUUAAUAAUUAUGGGUGUUAAUGCAAAAUGUAUACUAAUGAUGCUGUAUACUUGUGUUCUGUUGGAGAAAACUUCCUCCUAUCACUUUCUGAAUGAUCCAUGCUAGGCUGUAAUCCAGUACUAUGUUCUCUGUAUGGUCUUUGCUCUUAAACUGUUUUUGCAUCACAGGCAAUUCUCUGCCAUAACUGUUUAAUUAGACUGAUUGUGCUGUUUUGACAAAGUAUGUCUUGUAGACAAGCUAAGUGAAGAAAUCUGAUAUGUGGAGGCCUAUUUGUGAUGUAUUUCUUGAAGGGUCUCAUGUAACUUGUGUUUGAAUAAACAUGCUAAUUACA